GUACUCCUGGAGUGCCAGUUGGAUCAAAUUUUCUCCAGUGAACACCUUGAGGGGGUCCGGAGGAGGAAGAAGACGAGGGAGGGUUAGUUAUUUACUGGGGUUCUAAAAUCUGAUUCUUUGUAUUUUCUCUUCUUCAUUACUUUUCUGGAGGGAACUUUUGCUCCGAUCCUUCCUUCCUUGGAUAUCAUAGAUUAUAGAUGUUUGGAAGAGCCCUGUAGGUUUGGUUUUCCGGUGAGAGAUUUCGGAUAUUUUCGGUGACGUGAGGAAAGAUUUUGAUUCUUUGAUAAUUUUUUCCGGGUAUUCCGAUUUUGACCCGAGGGCUUGACUCUAACGUCUACUUGCUAUGUUGGGUUUGAUUCCAGUCUUCUAUUGGAAUUUGUUUUAAGAAGACCGAGCAUGACUAAUGGCAUUUUGAUUGAAAACUGGGGUUCAUGGCUUUUAUUUUUGGAAAAAGAUAAAAAUUGAUUCUUGUGGGUUUCCGAUUACGAACAUUCCAGUUUAUUUCUGGGAAUAUCGGAUCCUGAUGACGGCAAUUUUGGGUUUCUUUAUCGUUUUGCUGACAUUCAAGUUUUGGCAAUGAUCUUCCAAACCUGAACUGUUUUCAGUUAAUUAACUUGUUUUUCUAUUUUUAUUUUUAUUAUGUCUCUUAAACUUACCGAAUUGAUUGAUAUUUGAGGAAAUCUUUUCAAACUUACUGCAUGUGUCGUCAUGCCUUUACUUAUUAAAAGAUCUGACUUUUAAUGAUCAUUGAUAUUAAUGUUUUUGUUGGAAAUAAAUGUAUUUAGGCCGUUCCUUAAUUGAUCUCUGCUUUUGUUGUUUAUUAAUGGAUCAUAUCCUAAUUUAGUGGUUACUGCAACAGGCAGGAACCACUCGGAUUUCCGUCUCUUAAUUAGUCGUUCUUCAACUCUGGCCCUUCCCUUAUUCUCUUAGAAAUCUUCGGCUUCCAAAAGAGCGUCUUGAUUCAUCGUAACCCCUUCAGCUUUGAAUCACUUUUGAAAUUGAAGUAUGGUUAUCUCUUUUACCCGUUUCUCUAACUGGUUGUGGGGUGGCAAGGAGGAACAGUCUGUUUCUAAUAGCACUACUCUGAAUUCAUCUUCUGAAUUGGGUUUUCCUCUAAAGAAACGCGAGUCUAAGAAGUUGCAUAAGGUUAAGGAAACAAAGAUUGUACCACCAUCUCACAGGAAGGUCAAACGAAAAUGGAAGAACAGGGAAGGAGAGAAUAGAAUCGAUAGAGAAUUCGAUGUCGUGCUGGUGCCAUCAGAUGGUGGUGGGUGUUUGUCAGGGUCUGAAUCUGACGAUUCUGACUAUUCCGUUGGGUGGCUGGAGCCUCAUGGACCAAGCUUUCACAGUGAUGAAGAGUCAGAUGACAGUUUCGCAGUACUGGUUCCUUGCUAUAGACAUGGUGGCAAGAAGGUGGAGAGUUCAGAUAACGAGCUUUUGAGUGUCUUCAAGAACCUGCCAGAUGAAUUUUCAGACAAGAGUAGCAAGAAAUACAUAGAACAGUGGUUGGAUUCUCUCAAGAACCUUCAAGGGUUGAGCAACCCAGUGUUCUAUCACUAAAGCAUGUAUUACGUAGAGCUAGAAGCAGCUAGUAAAUGAUAAGAGAGCUACUAGAAUCGGAAGAAAGAAGAAGUUUUAUGGAGACAAGGAACAAGAGCACUCCGUGGAUUUGGAAGAAUGGUCUUUAUCCCAGGGCAUGUGACCUGCAUAUUCUUCUUUAUAGAUGCUGCUUUAUGUACAGGCAGAAAGAAAAAACGAAGCAAAAUAAAUAAAUGAGUAUAUAUAUAUAUAAAUGAUUUUCUAAGUCUAUAUGGUUUAAGCCUUUUAGUUGCAUCUAUGUAAAUAAUGGAUUUUCUGGCCUAAUGAGUGAUUCUGUUCAAUCAUAUGUCAUUAUUGUA